AUGUACGGGAGUUAUCCCAACUCCAUUGAAGAUAGCAGUAUGCCCAAAUAUUAUCAGGCCAGGGCUUUUGGCAGUGAUCCAAAUGAUCAAGGUUCAGACAAAAUGAAGUUCAACAAGUACAAGGACAAAAUGACGAGAAUGUCCAACCAGCCCUUUGACAGCAGGCCGCACAACAUAAUCGUCACGAAUAUCCCGAAAAACCUAAGUUCCAGGGAAAUUUUGGAAACCUUCAGGUUCAUGGGGAACAUUCUUCGAGCGGACAUUAUGUUGACCAGCAAGGGCGAGCACUCAGGCUGCGCAUGCUUAACCUUUCCGGACUUCGAAUCGGCCGCCUUCGCAGCUAAAUUAAAGUAA